UUCUAUGCGGUCGUAAAGUAAUGAUUCGCUGUUACAACUUGACGUGUUUGCAAUUUGCGUGAUAAACGAUAUUAUGGUACAGUGUGAGGUCCGUAGAGCAAUAUCAUGCUAUAUUCUCGCUUUGGUCUUUUUUGUAUGGGACUAUUCCUCAGCUGAAGGCCCACGAGUCCGUCUCUUCUCUGUCACAGACUUAAUGCUUUUUGAUAGCAAUGAUCUCCUUUACUUUGAAAUCCUGCGACCAAAGAACAUAAGUUAUAUUUACAAAGUUAAACCAGCGAAAAACUUCGGAGCCAAAUUUGUAUUAGAGAUAGGCACUGUAAACCUAGUUGCUGCUGAUCCUAUUGAUUUUUUUUUUUUUUUUGACAAUGGUGAAACCUUGUGGGGGUCAAUAGCUUUAGUUGAACGAGGGGGUUGUUCCUUUGUCUCCAAAACCAAGACAGUUGAACAUCAUGGAGCUUUUUUUUUUUUUUUUUCGGACAAUUUACAAACUGACACAGUCAUUGUUGAAAUUACUAGGUAUCACAUCAAGCGUGGAAUUGAAGAAGCAGGGAUGGAAGCAGCAGUUAUAUCAAUUCCACUCAACAUUACUACAAGUCCACAUCUUUAUACCAGGCAACCACCUUGGUCGUAUUGGUGAUACAGAUUUAUAAUAGGAAAUUUGGAGAGAUAGCCCACGUAAUAUAUUUAGCAGUACCACUGUUUGUAUCUUGUGAUGCUGCUUAGGUCGACUUUGUUUGUAAUUUAAGGGGUAAGUUUUAAAGAAGCUGUAGGGCUGCAUUGGUAGGGGUAUUACACGAUAAUUCAGUUUUAUCAAGUGAGUUGAUAACGUUGAUAUCCCACUGUAAAGAGUUUCUAAAGCUGAGGUUUUGAUCAUUUUUAGCCCUUCGUCACUUGCUCUCAAAGGGCUAACAUUUGAUAUGUCAGCUUUAAAAACUCUUUGCUGGUAAUAUUUCUGUUGUUAAGCCAUAAAGUUCAUUAAUAUAUUUGUAAGAAAGGUGAUGGGAAUUUUGUUAAGAUUGUCUAUCAAAAUUAAUUUCGAGUUUGCCUGGUCAAUCAAUUUAUUGGCGUUAUAUGAUCAUCAACCACAAUGCUCUUUUAUGAUAGCAUUACUGAUUGUCAAGGUUUGCGCAGGCAACUACUUUUUCAAUAUAGUGACAAUUAACGAAUAGCUUGGAAGACGAAUCUUCAACACUAAAUUUGGAAAGAGCGAAGCUCUACUAAGCUAUUUUAUUUUGCUAGUGUUCAAAUGUUUACUACAGUGUGGUUAAGUUGUGGCACCCUUUAACUUCUGAAACUAAAGGAAGUUCUGCAUAGCAUAAUUCCGUUUAGUAGGCCCUCAAAGCCUCAUUGGGAGGCCUCUAUAUCUCAAAGUUUCCCGUCUCUCGAGUGGUAUCGAUUUGUUUUCCAGAAACCUGUAAGAAUGGGAUUCUGCAACGGCACUGUGUACGUAUAAAGUCUACUUUUAUUUAUAUCUAGUGCAUAAGUGUUGUACCGAAGACUUGCAAUACAAACGCACCACAGAUUCUGUACUAUAAUAUAAGAAUAUUUUGGGAACUCGUACUUGGCGAUACUUUUGAAAAUGUAUACGCCCAUCUCCUGCUUUUUCAAAUGUCAAAUUUAUACUCUCAUGGAGUUGGUCGACCUGUAGUUUUUGUUUCGAAAUAAACAUGACCUGUUAAUAAA